AUGUCUUCUCCUGCGGUAGAGAGUUCCGAGGAUGUCAACGAUUUCCUGCUGCGAAUAAAAGAAUUAGGAGACAAGCGCGAUCAAGAAGACGAGGAACGCAACCGGAAGUUGGAAGAAGAGAUUUUGCAAGGCAGAAAAGAACGACAGGCGCGUCGAGCUGAACGCGCCAGAUCAAUAUCUCCAACCAAAUCCUCUCCCACGACUACUCCCACCACAUCUAAAAUAUCCUUGGCGGAACAAGGCGCCCUGUCUCAAUCCAUUGAUGCUGCAGAAGCCUCCGAACCUCGACGCGAAACUGUACUUGACAACUCCAUGGAAAGAUCUCCCAUAAAUGAAAACUCUUUCCCAAUGAAUAAUGAACGCGAUACUGCCGACGCAGAUAGCAGACGAGACGAAACUGUUAAAAGGCCACCUUCUACUACGAUGCCUCCUGCGAGAAAUUCACCCCUCUCAUGGCAGCAACGACGUCCGAAUUCUCAAGCCUCAGAUCGUCCACGGAGUCGACCCCUUUCAACGGUAGCUACGGAGAACGCAGCUCGCUCGCCAAGAGCUACCCCAGAGCCAACAUCAGCAUCCGCUGAGCCUACUCUCUCGCGGGACAAGAUUGCCCAAUCUCUAGCCACCAAAGACCCUGCGUGGUUUCGACAGACGGCCGACAGAGGACUAAAUUCUCCAGCAUACAGAAGAAGCCAGGUUGAAGACGAAGAACGAUCAGAUCACGGGCUAAGCUCUGCCCGAGUCCAAAUGCCCGGAAUGUCGCGUGGACCAUCGGAGCCUGAACGGUCUGUGGAGGAACCUGUAGAUCGAUCCACUUCGCUAUCGCGGAGUAGCGCUGGGUAUGGCUCCUCGAGCUCAUAUCAAGCUUCGCCUAGGGUUUCUGGAGGAAUCGGAUCGCCAGUCCCGUUGACGAACGCCCAGAGAUUCGAACCGCCAGGCUCAGAGUCCAAAGCCGAAACCCGAGGCCUCGCAAUGUCACCUUCGCAAGGUCGGAUCUCGCCCGAAAGGCGUGACCGUCCAACAUCUCCUACCAAAGGCAUGGGGGGAUUUGUGCAGAGUGCCAUGAUGAAGCGCUCGGACAGUGUGAGCAAAAGGUGGAGCGUCCAAUCACCCCCAGGUCUAAAAAGGGGCAAUUCAGUGGCAAGCAACACUAGCAAUCAAGGUACUGGCAAAGCUUCUAUUGGGGGCAUUGUUCACGCGUCGGUAGAAAGUUCACGGCCAGGCAGUCGGAGUCGCGAGCCCUCACCACAGUCUAGUUCGAGACCUACCUCAAGUCACAGCAAUGCUACAAUAACCCAAGAUCGGCCCCCGACUGCAAGCUCCAUGCGAAGUAACACGACAGCUUCUGCCUCUAAUGAUGGUUUUGUCAAGCCUACACUUCCAGCUUCGCGUUCGCAAACACCCCAAGGCUUCUCGACCAACCCGGAAGAUCCAUCGAUACCACGUGCAAACACGUCCCCGCCUGUUAGUCCUUCAAAGACAAUGGACCCACGAAGAUGGAGCCCUACAAAGUCUAGUUGGUUAGAAAGUGCUCUAAACAAACCUGAAUCUCCCAAACCGAAAGCCGUCCCACCUCCUCAACAGCCUGUUUGGAUGUCAGAAAUUAAUAAAGCCAAGCAAAAGGCGAGCAUUGAUCUUGGGCGUAGUCCCAACGUACCUCCCAAGCACGAGGUCAAUAUUGGUGGUCUCAUGAGAUCCCCUCCUCCAGGAGGGCCUGCAAAACCACAGAGCAUUGGGGGACUUCCGGCAGGGUUUUCUUCUGGGGCCGCCUCGAAAAGCCGCGCGGAAAGUGUUUCCUCACAAGAUGCCAAAUAUCCUUUCAAGCGAAGCGAUUCCGGUGAUUUAAGUGGCUCAAAUGCUACAACUAAAGAUCCAUCUCCGGCUAGUGGUAAAAUAAAGCCAGACACGCCCCCGAAAAAGGAUUUCCGGGCAAAUCUUAAAUCUCGCCAACCUCCGGCAGAUAAUGAUGGAAAAGGCGAGCCUGAAUUCAAAAAUGUCUUUGGCCAACUUCGACGUACGAAAACUCAAAAUUAUGUUGCUCCGGAUUUACUGAAAAGCAACAUCAGUCGUGGAAAGGCUGCUUUGAACGCUACUGGGGGCCCCAAAAAGACAGAGCGCGUGGAUGAAUUCAAGGAGGCCAUCUUGAAGAAGAAAGAUGAUUUUAAGAAGACUCAAGCUGAGGGGAAAAGCGUUGCGGCUGCGCGGCCAAUGAGUUUCACAAGUCAAGACACUGCUUUACCCGAAGCUCUCGCCAGGAGGAAAACUCUAGGAAAAGCAGAUGCGGUUACUAUCGACACUGGAUCCAACGUCUUGGACUCCUCAGAAAGGCGCUCUGAGCGAGAACUUCCAAAACCAAGUCUACCUUCUAAAGAGACUAGCGCACCUGGUCGCCUCCAAGAUAAGGAAGCUAUGGGAGGGAAGCUCGCAAGUCGCUUCAAUCCAGCUCUUGCUGGGAUCCUUGCGCGAGGUCCUCCUUCUAUGGCAAGCGAUACAUCCCGUUCAUCCAGUCCUGCUUUGUCUCAACGUACAGCCAGCCAGAGCACAUCGAUAACGAAUCCAGAGGUUCCGGACUCAGGGCCACAGCUUACACAUAUGACCAAAGGGCGUGCACGCGGGCCCAGGAGGAAAGCACCUUCUAGCGUACCCAACGCUAAUAGUACACCCUCCGAGAGUGUCAGUAGAGGUCAAGAGGAACUCGUUCUGAAUACGAAGGCACCUAGCAAGCCCACAAAUGUUACAGGGUUGACGAAGUUAUCAACACCCGAAGCCACCCAAUCGUCUACUGCCAAAGACACCGAAAAACCAGUCUCGCAGCCCUCGUCUCCCCGAAAGCUAGAUGUGAAGAGACGUUCGCAAUUCCUACAGGAAUUACCGAACCAGAAUAACAAUGCAGGACCGCAGUUGGAGUCCCCCAAACCACUCUCACCCAUCAGGAAAGCCAAUCCGGUCGAGAUACCCUUCAGUGCGCCAGCACCAAAACUCGACUCUUCUCCAUCCACAAAAAUGAAGCCCGUUGCUCCUCCCAAGUCACCCGCAACAGCCUUCAAGGCUUCGGAAAGGAUGGGGAAAGCAUCAGAGGCACCUAUUCCAGAUAUUUCCCCUCUUGCCCUUCGAUAUAAGAAAGUGCCAGAACCGGAAGAUCCGAAAGCAAACGAAAAUGAUCCUUCCUCCCAAAUAAGCAGCGACGAGCCUAAGCCAGCGGCUAAAGGGCCACGCCCUCUUUCGGUAAAAUCGGUCAAGAACAUCACGGCUCAGUGGGAUAGCCCAUCCGAGUCGAAAUCACAACAAGCAUCUCCUCGGGCUAGAUCUCCUAUCAAGCUUCCUACCCAUGCUGAUGAAAAGGCUAAUAUGGUAGCUGCGGGGUUACGCCCAACGAGUCCUGAGAAGGAGAAAAUUGGCUUGGGCAUUCAAACGAAAGUUUCACCUACGACCCGGCCACUGCCGACACCUCCUUCGAGGUCCAUAGCAUCGCCGUCUCCAAGUGCUAGUCUACAACCUGCAACGUCGCCUAGGAUAAAAGAUAGUUUAGUCCCACAAGCGUCAGAAGCUUCGACCUUGCUUGCUGAUUUCUUUGGUCAACGCAAAGUCCAUGCACCAAGUUUCACAGCGGACACAGCAGCGAUCCUAGCCGCGCGACCUGAUCAAGGAACGAAUAUCAAGACGCUACGAUCGGCUCUCUAUCAACUUUCAGCAGACGGCAAGAAGCAGCUUGUUCCCAGUCAUCAAGAACGAACACUAUUUGAGGGGAAUUUUUAUCUUUGUACUCACACAUUUGGCAACGCUGCUGGUAAGAGGGUCACGGAAGUUUAUUACUGGGUUGGAGAUGAAGUCCCAUAUUCUGUAGCUGAAGAAGCCGAGAUAUUCGCACAGAGGGAAGCUAAGAGCUGCGGAGGCAACCUGGUCACCAUUCGCCAGGGCAGAGAGCCUCCUGAGUUCUUCCAGUCUCUUGGUGGCAUAAUCAUCAUCCGGAGAGGGACUUCCAACAAAUACGACUCACUUGCACCCCACAUUCUAUGUGGGCGAAAACAUUUUGGUCAAAUCGCAUUCGACGAAGUUGACUUUUCCGCUCAGAGCCUGUGCUCAGGAUUCCCCUACCUGAUUUCGACACAAUCCGGCAAGUCAUAUUUGUGGAAGGGAAAAGGCAGUGGGAUUGAUGAGCUCAGUUGUGCCAGACUCAUAGGAAUGGAUUUUGGACUCAUGGGCGACAUUGAAGAGGUGGAAGAUGGAAGUGAGCCUGCUUCUUUCCUCAAAAUCUUCAAUGGGGACAUUUCGAAGUCGGCGGAUCAUUGGAGAAUGAAGCCCAAUUACAACAAAUAUUGUAGCCGGUUGUUCUCUGCCGAAUCAUCGGCCAAAGACCAGAUUGUCGAAAUGAGCCCAUUUUGCCAGGCUGACCUCUCCACCUCUAAAAUCUACAUUUUGGAUGCCUUCUUUGAAAUAUAUAUCCUCGUAGGAGCUCGCGCCCAGUCACAAUAUUUGGAAUUCCAAACCGCCCUCAUGUUCGCACAGGAGUACGGUAUUCUGGCUGCAGGAAUGGAAGAUCGCCCGUUCGUGCCUGUAUCAAAUGUAAUUCUCGAAGGGGUACCUAGAGACCUCAAGAGUGUGUUCCGCAAAUGGAAGGAUGGAUUGUCGCCAACAAUGCAACACCAAAAUACGGGUUUGCAAAGGGGUCGAAGUCUAAGAGUUGUCCCGCUCAACGCCGCGAUCGAAGCCACACGAUGA